GCCUAUUUUUCAAGUCUUUCAGGCUUUCAGCCGUCCUGGCGAAUAAUUUGUAACGGCAACACUGACAUCCAGUCCAUCAAGGAAGUGCAAGGAGGCUACUCGCCAAAAAUAAUACAUUUUCGUUAUUUUUAUUUUAUACAAAUCUAAUUAUUUGUUAUAAAUGUAGUCGCAAACGUUACUUAGCUAGUCAACUAAGUUUCGCACAAUGUUAAAAAUUGAAAGUGAAAUUGUGUUUGACAGAAGAAAACUAGGCAGGUGUGACAGCAAGAAUACCGCAUAGAGGAUAUCAAGGGGAAAAAAUAUAGAAUCUGACCCAAUUUGGUUUUUUAAUGCUGAAUAUGGGUAAAAGUGAGCUGAGCUUGGAUUCGGCGAGUGUUUCGGUCGGGAGCGCCUUGGCAAAUCGUCGUCAUAACAUUUGACCCAGUUAGUGGCUGUGCGUUGACCUAUGCCAUGGAACUGUAUGCGGACUGAGGCACGAUGUUAUUUUUAGGAUACAGCUUUGCAGAUAAUUAAAUAUUUAUAGAUGCUGUACGCGAUACAAGAUCGGAAAACAGAUAACAAACGAAAGUUUCCUUGACCUUUUCCUCUGCAGAAUGGUGAUGAAUGUACAUAUAAUGGGAUAGCUAUAAGAAAAUCCAGGCAAAAAAUACCAUAAUAAUGCACAUAGAAAGAAGAUGACUUCCUCUCAAGGGAUCAAUUUACUCAUAGCACUAUUUACAUACACACACCGCGCAAUUCUUUGACUGUAAAAUGAAGAUACAAUUCUAAAUUCGAAGAGUCAUAUCAAAUCCAAAAGUUAUAACUGUACUUACAAUGGUUACUUAGGUUAACAGUGGUUACUGGUGUAGGGUUUUUAGCUCGCGUGGGCUGGUAUAGGGCCAAGUGCCCCCACGCGGUCACGCAGGAGUUAUGAAGAAGCAAAAUGUUCGAACACUAUCGUUGAUUGUGUGUACAUUCACAUAUUUGUUGGUCGGCGCGGCGGUUUUUGACGCUCUCGAGUCUACUACGGAGAGGAACAGAUUUGAAGUUUUACAAGCAAUCGAAGGCAUGAUAAUCCGGAAGUACAACAUAACGGAAGAGGACUUCCGCGUAAUGGAAACGGUGGUGCUGAAGUCGGAGCCCCACAAGGCCGGCCAGCAGUGGAAGUUCACCGGCGCAUUCUAUUACGCCACCACCGUGCUCACUACCAUUGGCUACGGGCACUCGACGCCCGCGACGGUCGGCGGCAAGUUGUUCACAAUGUUCUACGCGAUCGUCGGCAUCCCCCUCGGCCUCAUCAUGUUCCAGAGCAUCGGUGAACGGGUCAACAGGCUUAGCAGCGUCAUAAUAAAGUCCCUGAAACACGCGUUGAACUGCAAAGCCACCAGCGCGUCUGAGGUGGACCUCAUAUGUGUGGUGACGACUUUAUCAUCGCUCACAAUCGCUGGUGGAGCCGCGGCGUUCUCCAAGUUUGAGGGUUGGAGCUACUUCGACAGCGUUUACUAUUGCUUCAUCACGCUUACCACUAUCGGUUUCGGUGAUAUGGUAGCCCUGCAAAAAGACAACGCCCUCAACCGCAAGCCCUCGUACGUGAUGUUCGCGCUCAUCUUCAUCCUGUUCGGGCUGGCCAUAGUGGCCGCCUGUCUCAACUUGUUGGUGCUCCGGUUCGUCACCAUGAACACUGAGGAUGAGAAACGAGACCAGGCGCAGGCGGAACAGGCGCAGCAAGUGGCGGUGCGACUGGAAGGCGACGUGAUCACGGCCGACGGGGCGGUCCUGCGCGGAGUCGCGCGCGGCACGCGCCUCCCGGCCUCCGGGCAAGGCGACACGUCCAUGAUGCCGCUGUACGUCGACGACGAGUACCCGCCGAGCGUCUGCAGCUGCUCAUGCAACUGCUUUGGACCUAACAAAUCGAUGCUCUACCGGGACCCGUUGUCCCCGGUGCCGCCGACCAACAUGAAGCAAAUCAAAACCAAGAGCUACCGCGAGCUCGGCAACCUGCCGCGCUACAUCGAGAAGUCCUCCUCCAAGACCCGCAGCCAGUCGCUGCGGCUCAACUCCGCCUCCGGCUAUCUAUACAUGAACGCCAAGACCAACAGCUUCCAACUCGAACCCGACGACUUCAGGGAAAUAGUCGCCAAGCGCAGAGAACAGCUCCGGAAAGGCAUGAUGAUGUACGAAAUGAGCUGCAACAACAACGAACAGUAUCUCCAUCCGUACAGACAUAGCACCAGCACCAGAGUCGAGACCAGCCCGCAUAGCUCCUCGCUCUACUCCAUGAACAUGAGAUCAGACAACCGGAGCAACGAUCCGCUUGUCGAUGACUACGAUUCAGAGAAAUCUAGCUAUGCCCGGAAGAAAUUACUUAAAAACAUAGCGAGAAACACUUGCAAGCAGGAGAAUUACUUCUACGAUGAUGCUGUGUUACAUUUCGAUGAUGAGUACGCUUUCGAUGGCUCGAUACUGUUCGCUAAGCGGAGAAAAUCAGUAGAUAGAAACUGGGAUUUUGCCAUGCCGAAGCAGGAUCCGGACCAAAUAUCCAACGAAAGCUUCGGGUACUAUCUACCCGACGAUGACGACUUAGAGCAGUACUACGCUAAUGAUACUCUAACGUUCAACCUGCCACCCCAUCGUGCGAGCAUAUAGUGACGUGCAAAACAGUUGUGCCAAAGAUAGGUUAGUGUUAGUUCCAAACUAAAAAUGGGCCAAUUAAUACUACGGUUAAAGUAGACUUUUACAAUUUUGCGGUAGAAUUUGAACGUUAUAGCUUUUACACAUAGUGUGUAGUCGCGUUUUUUAUUAAUGUUCCAUGGAUUGAGCUUGGCUUCCUGUAGGUAUUGUACAGUGUUUCAUCGGCUUCUUAGUGUGCGUGGGAACGAGCGCCGGCCUCUCAGUCUGGCAAGUACUAACCAUUUGACAUUCCUUUCUAGUCAUUCGAUUUCUAACCGUAAUUCUUAUAGUAGAGAUGCGUUUUUGUUUUAAAUAUGAUGGCAAAUAUGUUGCCGCUACAGAUUAAAGGGUUAAUUUUUUAUUAUUAUACAUUGUCUGAAUGUAAUGACUUCCUUGUUUGAAUGUUAAAAAUAAGGAAGUUCUCUCUUGAAGGCGUAAUGUCUUUGCGAUGCCAAAACAUACAAUCAUUAUACAACAUUAACUGGUCGUCUUCCAUAAAAGCCAAAGUAAUCAAAAGAUCUUUAUCUUCAGUAGUUGUUGUUAUGGAUCUGAUCUUAUUUAUAUGAUUGAAAAUUACAUUUUAUUAUUCUCUAUAGAGAAAUCCAGUGAAAAUAUUUUAGGCCAGUAUAACCAAGUGCCAAAUUUACUUGUUAUUUAUGAAAACACAACAAAGAAUCGUUAAAAAACAAUAUAAAA